AUGGCCUUGCUUGACAUUCAGGCCGACUUACUGCAAUAUUGUGAGUUUGAUUAAGAUGAAUUCAAGAAGAGGUUGAACUAUUCUAGUUAUAACUGCCGCCGUGGCUUCCGUCUCUGGAGUGGCGGUCGCCAUCGCCUGCACCAUCGGACAUCGUGAAAACGCCAGGUGAGGAAGAGAACGGAGAAAGAUGGUACUUAGCAGAAGUAUUCGUUUCAGAAAGAAGGACAAAUCUUCGAGAAGUAAGAGAAGUAAGAGGAGCAAGCGAGGCAAGAAGUCUCAGAGAAGCAUGCGCAAGAAGAAGGCUGCUCCGCCGAGCAAGGAGCCCCCGAAGAAGUCGAGUGCCGAGAAGGAAGCGAGCGCCAGAGCCAAGAAGGAGGCGGCCGAGAAGAGUGCUCGCGCCAAGAAGGAAUCCGCCGAAAAGAGUGCGAGAGCAAAGAAGGCGUCUGCGGAGAAGCCUCCUGAGAAGCCGGCGGACAACGACAAGUCGGAGAAGCCUGCGGACCCGGCUCCGUCGGUCAAACCGAAGGUCAUUUCGGAGUACGGAACGGUGCCCGAAAAGGACCCGGCGGUGCUGGCCGAGAUCGCUGCGAAACAGGGAGAGGAGAAGCCAGAGAGCAUCAUGGUGCUCGACGGAAACAUUGCCGGCGCUGACAAGCGACUCUACGGAGCUGAUGCGGAGGCUGCCGUUGCCGAGUGAGUGAACGGAAGUGCGCUCUAUCGGACACUUAUGAUUACAGGGCGAAGAAACAGGCGGAGAUCGAGAGGAAUACGCCGAAGGAGGGCACGGACGGAGGAUCGAAGUACCUUUGA